CAUUCCAUUCCCCUUGCACAAGUUAAACCAGUUCGAAUCGACUCUCCAAAACUCACUCUCUCUCUCCUCUUUCUCUCUCUACACAGACUUGAAUCGAAGCGCAGUUGAUCGGAAAUGGCGACGCCGAUGGUGGAAGACAAUUUCGAGGACGACACGCUCUCUUCUAUGACCACGGAAGACAUCACACGCGCCUCUCGCCUCCUCGAUAACGAAAUCCGAAUCCUCAAGGAGGAGUUGCAGAGAACGAAUCUGGAGUUGGAUUCCUUCCGCGAGAAGAUAAAAGAGAAUCAGGAAAAAAUCAAGCUGAACAAGCAGCUUCCUUACUUGGUCGGCAACAUUGUUGAGAUUUUGGAAAUGAACCCUGAGGAAGAAGCUGAGGAGGAUGGUGCAAAUAUUGAUCUUGACUCGCAAAGGAAGGGAAAGUGUGUUGUGCUAAAAACAUCCACACGCCAGACGAUUUUCCUGCCUGUAGUAGGUUUGGUUGAUCCUGAUAAGCUGAAGCCUGGGGAUCUUGUUGGAGUAAACAAAGACAGUUAUCUCAUCCUGGAUACAUUGCCAUCUGAAUAUGACUCCCGUGUUAAGGCUAUGGAGGUUGAUGAGAAACCAACUGAAGACUACAAUGAUAUUGGAGGCUUGGAGAAACAGAUUCAAGAAUUAGUUGAGGCAAUUGUGUUGCCUAUGACGCACAAAGAGAGAUUUCAGAAGUUAGGUGUUCGUCCACCAAAAGGAGUUCUUUUAUACGGUCCUCCUGGGACAGGAAAAACUUUAAUGGCCCGUGCAUGCGCAGCGCAAACAAAUGCCACGUUCCUGAAGCUAGCAGGUCCCCAGCUUGUACAGAUGUUCAUUGGAGAUGGAGCCAAGCUUGUUCGUGAUGCUUUUCAACUCGCUAAAGAAAAGUCUCCUUGCAUCAUUUUCAUUGAUGAGAUAGAUGCUAUUGGUACGAAGCGUUUUGAUAGUGAAGUUAGUGGGGACAGAGAAGUGCAGAGGACUAUGUUAGAGUUGCUCAAUCAGCUUGAUGGUUUCAGCAGCGAUGACAGGAUAAAGGUAAUAGCAGCAACAAAUCGAGCAGAUAUCUUAGACCCUGCCUUGAUGCGAUCUGGUCGUUUGGAUCGUAAAAUUGAAUUUCCCCAUCCUACCGAGGAAGCCAGGGCUCGUAUUUUGCAGAUCCACUCCAGGAAGAUGAAUGUUCAUCCUGAUGUCAACUUUGAGGAGCUUGCUCGUUCAACCGAUGACUUCAAUGGUGCUCAACUUAAAGCUGUUUGUGUCGAAGCGGGCAUGUUAGCACUUCGUCGUGAUGCAACUGAGGUGAACCAUGAAGAUUUUAAUGAAGGUAUAAUCCAAGUUCAAGCGAAAAAGAAAGCCAGCUUGAAUUACUAUGCUUAGACUUCGAAUUUGGCCCUUGGUUGCAAGAUGUCUAUGGUACUGAGUUUAACGAGCAUGCACGAAUACUUUGUUGCUUUGAAUCAAUCCCAUGCAAACUACUACUACUACUGUGCGGUUGGAAUGUAGUUGUCAUAUUUUAUGCGAACAUCAAACUGCUGAACGUAUUACUGCUAAAAAUGGAGCGACGCUCUUGUCUGAAUUUUCCUUCGUAAUUGUUGCUUUUUCUUAUUUACAAUUAUUUUUCAUGAGAUU